UUGAUGAUGAUUCAAUCUUCGUAUUGGUAUCCGAUGAUGAUGGACUGUUAUUUUUCUCAUUUUUGUUAUUAUUUCUGCAUCAGAUUUUUGCUGUACACAAUCUAGUUUAUUAUCAAUUUGAUUAGAUAAAUUUCUACAAUACGAAUGACGAAUAUUCCGUAUAAUCAAUGAUGAUAAAUAAUUUGUACGAAUUAACAUUUUUCUUUUCUUUUUUUAAAAAAUAUUUGAAAUCAAGAAUUUCGAAUGACCCGAAAUAACAACAAAAAAAAAAAUAAUAAUAAUCACAUGUUUAGAUCAGAUAAGCGCCAUCUAUUUACAAUCGAUUAGAAUUAAAUCGAAUCUUUUGUUGCAAUAUUUGUGUGUAUGAUGUGUGUGUGUGGGUGAAUGAUAUGGAUUUUCGGUUAUUUUUUUUUUGUUACCUGAUAUUUCGGCCUAUUCGAACAGACGGCUAAAUCAUUGACUCUUUGUUAUUAUUGUUGGAUUAUCAUUUUUGUCAAUUCAAUUUAAUAAUCAUCAUCCCGUUGGCCAUUUUGGAAUUACAAAGGAAUUAUUUUAUUGUUGUUGUUGUUGUAAUCAAAUCACCUGAAAAUUAUCUGAGAAAAAAAAUUCAAGUAAUUGGGGCGUUUCAUAGCCCAAUUAUCGUCAUAACAUCAUCAUUUGUGCGUGUGUGUGUGUAUGUGCUUGUUUUGUGAUGACGAUAAUUACCAGCAAAACAAAAAAAAACCAUAAAACCUUUGGAACACAUGCACAUAUACAUUGUUAUUUGAUUUGUUUUCUCGUUGUAUAUCUUGUUUCAUCAACGCCAAAAAAAAAAAAAAAAAAAUACUGAGAAGAUCUGGUCACUAAGGUAUCAACACGAUUGAAACCAGAGCGUCUUUUUUUUUCUUCUAUUUCUGUUUUUGACUCGUUCCGAUCGGUUUGGUUUGUUUGUUUGUUGGUUAUUGUGUGUAGGUGAGUGUGCAAACUAUAGUAAUUUGACAUCAAUUUUUUUUUGUUUUGUUUUUUUUUCCACUACAAAUUUAGAUUGUGUUUGCGUGUGUUGUUGAUCAUGAUCAUAAUGAUUAUGAAGGCUAUGACAACAAUAAUGAUUACCAAUGAAUUCGACAAUAUUUUGAUCAAAACAAAUGCCAUAAUAACGACAUUGUCGUUAUCAAAUUCUUUGAAAAUAUUUUUUGCCAUUCAGAAAUUAUUAUGACAAGUCCAUCCAUCCAAAUGUUCAUCGGAAUUGUUGAUCUCGAUACAAAAAAACAAGAAUAAGAAAGCGAAAUUGUAACAAAUAUUCAAACGUUAUACAAGAAGAUUUGUAAAGAAAAAAUUUCCGAGUAAAAAAUGGGUAAUCGUUUUUCAUGCUGUAAAACACAUGGAGAAAGUUUAUUCAAACAUCGACGACGACGGCUAUCACGUCGAAGACGAAAAGAAAGUUCACAGACAACAUUGAAUAAUGCUGAAAUUAAAUAUGAUGAAACAAUACUUAGUCUGCAACAUAUUAGUGAACGUGAAUUACCUGAAACAAAUCAUGAUCCAUCCACAAAUCCAACGGCUGGUCCGUUAUUUGUACAACGUUCAGCUACAUUUACCAAUAAUAAUAUUAAUCAUAAUAAUAAUCAUCAUCAUCACACAACAACAACAACAAUCAUCAUCAUCAACAACACAACAACAACAACAAUCAAUACAAGCGCCAUUACAUUCACAACAAUCAUCAACAUCGAGAAAUUAUCAUCGGAAAAACACACCAAAUUAUGUAAGUAA